UCACAGCUCCUCUUUCGACCGGACAUAACGGUCCGCGCGCGGCUCCGCGGCCCGGAAGUGGAGGCGAACCGUCGUGGGGCGUGCCCGGCCUUCCCCAACGCCCGGCAAUCCCCGCCGUCGCCGCUGCCGCCUCGGCCCCUGCCGGGGCUUCCCGCAGCCGCCAUGUCCGCCAGUGCCGUCUACGUGCUGGACCUGAAGGGCAAGGUGCUCAUCUGCCGGAACUACCGCGGUGAUGUGGACAUGUCAGAAGUGGAACACUUCAUGCCCAUCCUGAUGGAGAAGGAGGAGGAGGGGAUGCUGUCGCCCAUCCUGGCCCAUGGCGGGGUCCGCUUUAUGUGGAUCAAGCACAACAACCUGUAUCUGGUCGCCACCUCCAAGAAGAACGCGUGCGUGUCACUGGUGUUCUCCUUCCUCUAUAAGGUGGUGCAGGUAUUUUCAGAGUACUUCAAGGAGCUGGAGGAGGAGAGCAUCCGCGACAACUUUGUCAUCAUCUAUGAGCUGCUGGAUGAGCUCAUGGACUUCGGCUACCCCCAGACCACAGACAGCAAGAUUCUACAGGAGUACAUCACUCAGGAAGGCCACAAACUGGAAACGGGGGCCCCGCGGCCCCCAGCCACUGUCACCAACGCAGUGUCCUGGCGGUCCGAAGGCAUCAAGUACCGGAAGAACGAGGUGUUCUUGGAUGUCAUCGAGUCAGUCAACCUCUUGGUCAGCGCCAAUGGCAACGUCCUGCGCAGUGAGAUUGUGGGCUCCAUCAAGAUGCGGGUCUUCCUCUCUGGCAUGCCCGAGCUGCGCCUGGGCCUCAACGAUAAGGUCCUCUUCGACAACACGGGCCGAGGCAAAAGCAAGUCAGUGGAGCUGGAGGAUGUGAAGUUCCACCAGUGCGUGCGGCUGUCCCGCUUCGAGAACGACCGCACCAUCUCCUUCAUCCCCCCCGACGGCGAGUUCGAGCUCAUGUCCUACCGUCUCAACACCCACGUCAAGCCCUUGAUAUGGAUCGAGUCGGUGAUUGAAAAGCAUUCCCACAGCCGCAUCGAGUACAUGAUCAAGGCCAAGAGCCAGUUCAAGCGGCGGUCAACGGCCAACAACGUGGAGAUCCACAUCCCUGUGCCCAAUGACGCCGACUCGCCCAAGUUCAAGACAACAGUGGGGAGCGUCAAGUGGGUCCCUGAAAACAGCGAGAUCGUGUGGUCCAUCAAGUCUUUCCCGGGCGGCAAGGAGUACCUGAUGCGGGCCCACUUUGGCCUGCCCAGCGUGGAGGCUGAGGACAAGGAGGGCAAGCCCCCUAUCAGCGUCAAAUUCGAGAUCCCCUACUUCACUACCUCUGGCAUUCAGGUACGCUACCUGAAGAUCAUCGAGAAGAGUGGCUACCAGGCCCUGCCCUGGGUCCGUUACAUCACUCAGAACGGAGAUUACCAGCUCCGGACCCAGUGAGGGGACAGUACCCCAGCUCUGGCAUGGGGGCUCCUGGUGGAAGCACUGGGAGGAAGGCCUGCCAAGCCCACCGGAAGGAGGAGGGCACCCCGACACCAGCCACCCUCCCAGCCCUGCUGGGAGACUCCUCCUCCAGGCACACCUGUUCUUUCAUCACCACUUGUCGCCAAAGCCCCUUCUCCCAGAAGAGGCUCGUCUUCCAGAUGUCCUGUCUCUGCCCCGAGUCAGUCUGGGGAAAAGGAAGUAGAAUCUUUCCCCCAGUGGUCACGUGCAGCCUCUGGGCUGUUUACCUCCCAGGCACCAAAAAAGGUCGGGAGACACUUGCCAGGCUGCAGCAGGGCCGCCGCCCCGUUCUGCUGACCGUUUAUGAAGCUCCGGGGUUUCAUCUUCUUUCAUUGCUGUUUGUGUGAACCUCACUGUCUGCGCCUCCUGCCCCUCAUCUUGAAGCUUUCGGGCAGCACUUAGGACAGGGUACCCCCUGUUCCUUGACCUCCUCCCACAGUGUGUUGCUCUCCACAUGGGGCCAAAACCCAGCACUUUGGCCCCUUGAGGGCUCCUGGCCUGGACCCAUAGGCUUUGACAAGGCACAUCCCCAGGGCCAGCCUGUGCCACGUGAUGUUGUCACGCAGCCACAUCUGAUGAGGUGGGUGUAGUGAGGGCCGCUGGCCUUGGAGGGUGGGGGGCAUGGGUCAUCCGCAUCUGUGCUUGGUUACCCCCAUCUGUGUUCAUGUCACGAUUACAUUAAAUUUCAUGAAUUAAACCCAC